AUGGAUAGCAAUAGAGGAGAUGAGCUUGAAGUCCUCGUCAGCAGUCCAUGGUCCUUUUUGCAAUCCAUUGUUGAGCAUACCUUCUUUCUCGUCGCUAACGCUAACCCUAACCCUAAGUACAUCGAGGGCAAAGGUUUAUUCAUAGAUAAAGAUGGGGCGGUGUUGGAAUUAGAGAAUGGUGGUGGUGGUGGUGGCGGUCGUGGUGGGGUGGAGCAGGGGAGCAAAGUGGUGACCUUUUCUCUGAGUUGUUCAUUUGACGUUCACUUAUUGUUGGAUGCCACAGAUUACUACGGAAAAGCUGUGCAGUUGAAUUGGAAUAGUCCCCAGGCGCUUAACAACUGGGGACUUGCACUGCAGGAACUCAGUGCGAUAGUCCCUGCUAAGGAAAAGCAUAACAUUGUUAAGACGGCAAUUAGUAAGUUCCGUGCAGCAAUUCAGUUGCAGUUUGACUUUCAUAGGGCUAUUUACAACCUCAGAACUGUUUUGUAUGGCUUAGCCGAGGACUUGCUAAGAAUCGGGGGAUCAGUCAGCCAUAAUGAUAUUUCGCCCAAUGACUUGUAUAGUCAGUGCGCUGUCUAUAUUGCAGCUGCUCACGCAUUGAAGCCAAAUUACUCGGUCUACCGCAGUGCACUGAGGCUAGUCCGUUCUAUGCUUCCUUUGCCCUAUCUUAAAGUGGGAUAUCUGACGGCUCCACCUCCAGGAAAUCCAAUAGGCCCCCAUAGUGAUUGGAAGCGGACACAAUUUGUCCUUAACCAUGAGGGUCUUUAUCAGAUUGUAUCCGAACAAAAGACAUCACGGCAGAGUCUUUCUAGCAAGCAAGUAGAUGGGCCAAAUAUAAAAAAUAGAGCCGUCAAAGUUGACAUCCCUGACAUUGUUUCAGUGUCAGCAUCUGCUGAUCUUACUUUACCACCUGGGGUUGGACUCUUCAUUGACACAAUACACGGACCUGUAUACUUGGUAGCUGACUCGUGGGAAUCUUUGGAUGGUUGGCUGGAUGCAAUUCGUUUAGUUUACACAAUUUUUGCUCGAGGUAAGAGUGAUGUUUUGGCUGGUGUAAUCACUGGAUGAUUAGUCUUUGACUCUUUGUUAAAUGUAUUAAUUGUAUUAUCGGUACGCUUUCUUUUCCCUUUUAAUUGGGUUGUGUAGCAUAGAAAUGUUUAAUCACAGAAAUCAAUGUAUAUUAUGAAGAAUUUCCUGAGGAAA